AUGUAUUACCAAUAUUCAUGGUGUACAUUCAUGAUUCAUAGCCAUGCCUUGAUAUACGACAUCAUAUUUUAUAGUAGAAAAAUAAUGAGAUCGAUAAGUUUUCAUUGUUGGAUUCGAAGCAUGGACCGAAUAUAUAUAACGCGACGCCAUAACGGAAAUUGGAUAAUAAAUCUCUGUGUUAUACUUUGUAAUUUAACCAUAAUUAUUUCGAAAUCUUACAAUCCAAACAACGAUACUGCUGUCCGUACGACGGAACUUCAUUUGCCGAAAAAUUGGCCUCCUGAUUGGAACUCUGGUGAAAUACCUUUCGCGUUUAACUUUUAUUCUAUUGGUGUGAGACGAUUAAAAAGCCUAGUAAAAAAAGGACACAAUUACAUAGAAAAGCGAUCAUGUUUGAAGUUUAAAGAAUAUGAUCCUAGAAAGGCAUCGAAAAAGGCUAACUUUACAUUUCUGCACUACAACUUUUCCGGAGUGUUGGAAAGUUGCUGUUUGCUCUAUUUUACCAAGCCUUAUGGGCGACGGAUGGUACUAAUAACUCCAACAUGUGCGAUGCCUGCAGAAGUUGCGCAUGCGUCUUUGCAUGGCAUGGGCCUCCUACACGAACACCACGAACCAUUUAGGGAAGCUGAAGUGCGAGGAAUUUUCUUCUUCAAAACCUGUGGGCGUGAAAAAGUAGAAUUAUUCGAUAGCAAGAUAUAA